CCUACCAAUGAAUUAACAAUUCCGACAUUAAUGAAACAACUUUAUAAAGGGUUGAAUAUUUUCCUGCAGCAAGCGCCACGGAAUAGAAUCGUCGAUUCAUUUUUGUUUGUUUGUUUUUUACUCACCACUAUACGAACGAGGAGAAUCGUCAGUUUAUUACUGAAGAAUGGCUUCUCUUGAACAGGACAGGCUAGGUCAAGCAUUUGAAGAUGCUUUUGAGAUACUGAGGCAACAUUCAACCAGCGAUCUUCAGUAUCCCCCAGAUUACAAAAAUUACCUGGCUUUCAUCAACCAUUAUCCUCACGUCAGAGGAACUUCCCAUUGCUACGGAAUGUUGCCUGCAGAGGACCCUGUCUGUAACUGGAGAACUGUGAUCAACAGUGCGGCAGACUACUGUUGUGAAGGCAACUGUCAUCAGUCUCUACAGAACAUAGCUGAAAACCAGCUGGUACAACCUGCUCUGCUCCAGCACAGAGCGGGGAAAGGCAGGAAGAAGCUCCGACUGUUUGAAUACCUUCACGAAUCCCUGUGCAAUCCUGAGAUGGCAUCUUGUAUUCAGUGGGUAGAUAAAACCAAAGGCAUCUUUCAGUUUGUAUCAAAAAACAAAGAAAAACUUGCCGAACUUUGGGGGAAAAGAAAAGGCAACCGGAAGACCAUGACUUACCAGAAAAUGGCCAGGGCGCUGAGGAAUUAUGGAAGAACUGGGGAGAUCAUUAAAAUCCGGAGGAAGCUAACCUACCAGUUCAGUGAGGCCGUGCUCCAAAGAUUCUCUCCACCUUAUUUCUUGGGGAAAGAGAUCUUCUGCUCACCGUAUCUUCCACCUGAUCAAGAAUAUCUCAGUUUAAAUAACUGGAAUGCAAAUCAUAACUAUGCAUAUACCAAUCAUCGUGAGCUAAGCCAGCUAAGUCACCCCGGGUACUAA